GACACAGGCUACUUGUAGGGAAGAUUUUCAAGGUUAAGAAAAACAAGCUGGUGUGAAGUUUUUGGUCUGUGACGCAGGCUAGUCGUAGGUAAGAUUUUCAAGGUAAAGAAAAACAAGCUGGUGUUACCAGCAUGCAUUAAUUACAAGCAGAGAUCAUCAAAUACAAACACAGCUUUUCACUUCAUAAUAAAAGGUGUUACUUGCAGUUGGUCAUAAUAUUAAUUGUGAAAUUCCUAAGCAACGAAUCCACCAGUAAUGAUGCGUUUAAUUGAUAAUGAAUGAAGCUUACUUCAACAACAAAGAACUGUGAUCAAUAUUCCAAAUAACAGUAUGUCAAAACAGGUUAUGGAACUGAAGCUAAAGAAUAAUAAGAAACCUGAACACGCGAAGCAUUCAUGUGAAUUUUGGAUGAAUUCAACGUAAAAGGUGCUUAUUGUAGGGGCAGCUUACAAGUUUCAUAUUAAUACAUUUCCAACGCUGGUGGGUACACGAUGGAGACAUACUUAACUUUUCGCUUGUUCUUUUCGUUGAUGCUAUCUUCCAUGAUAGGGUGUCAAAUUGUGGAAAGCAGACAGUUUGAGGUAUCAAAGACAUAUUACAUUCGUCAUUUUCAUGGGAAGUGCGUAGAGUACGAUGAGGUACGUCAGGUGCUGGUUUACGGUCGACUUUGCCGAGAAAAGUUCGAAUGGCAAGAUGGAGUAAGAAUGGUCCACAUACCAACAAAGAAAUGCAUCACUGUCAAUGCCACAAGCGAUGGAAGUUUCUUGUCCUUGUCAAGCCAAUGCAGUGGUACAAACAGUUUGUUCCAAUACGAUGAAAGCAAUCGAGUGAUUCGGCAGCUUUACUCUAACAAAUGUUUGCAUCCAGAAACUGGAGAUGGUGAUCCUGCAAUUAAUACUGCAAUUGUCCUGAAGCCAGGUUGCGAUGGAAACACCAACAAAUUCUACUUCAGAAAGAAAGCCUACUAUAUCAUCCGGCACUUUGGUGGACUAUGUUGGGUUUAUACCUCUGAAGAGAACCUGAUCAAACUGAGGGAUCUGUUGGCUUGUGAUCGCUUUGAGUAUGUGAAUAAUUACCAUUUGAGGCAUGUUGAAACCGGCAAAUGUGUUAUUUUCUCAAGUUCAUAUCUGCGACUGACUGACGACUGUGAAUCUCUAGAAACAGUUCACAGACUCAACCAGUUUUCUUUACUUCAAAAUGGUCCAACUGAUUGUAUACAUCCUUUAAAUGGAGCUUUAUAUCCUGCCAAUGGCAAUUUGCUUUUCCUACAGAGCAAUGGAUGUACUGAUGAAGACCGCUUGAGAUUUUUCUUCCACGAUGAUAAAGACAUACAGACAGUAAAGGUCAUUUCUGAAUCAUGCUUGGACGCCACUUGCGGAAGUAGCAGAGGUCACGUGAUAGUUAAUGGCCGCCAAUACAGCUUGAACACACGUGGUAUCAAUGUUGUUCUCUUUGAUUACCGGAGUGGUUUGCUUGAGUAUAGAAAAACGUACGAUAUCUAUGGGGUUCUCUCCUCAAGGGAUCUUUUAGCUACUUUUUUGAACAAUCUUCCUUCAGGAAAACUACUUUUGAUGGCAGCAAGGAUUGCAGUUAACAUAAAUAGUAAUCUAGCUCUUGCAUUACAAAAGGUUGGUGUUUCUGCAACGUUUGCAACUACACCAGUUCCAAGAGUCUAUAUGUCUCUGGCAUAUGUUGGCUAUACAGGACAGGUGAGAAAAGAUUGGGAGAAAACUGUAAACAAGAUUGGAGGAUCAGGGGCUUCAAUUAUCGAAGUUAGCAUCAAAACGUUUCAUGAACGGGAUGGAAUUGAUGAUUGCUCAAAUGAACUUGGAGUGAGAACCAGGAAAAUACCGGAUUCUAGGUUUUAUGCAAAGACUGUUUGGGGAAAUGAUAACUACCACAAACCGUAUCUAGCGCGACUACAUUACUAUGGUCCGGGUUGGUGUUCGUACUACAAUACUCCGGUAUCCGAAUAUUUGCAAGUUGAUCUUGGGACGAUGAUGAUUUUAAGUGGUGUUGCGAUUCAGGGUCACGGCUCUUACUAUGACCACGCUGUAACAAAGUUCAAAAUUGAAUACAGUAAAAAUGGAAUAAUUUGGCAAUUUUUCAAGAGCGAGCAAGACUCCGUUUUAGAGUUUACAGCUUUAAGAGAACGCAAUAUUUAUGAGACAAGGGUUAAUUGGUUUCGAAAUCUCAAAACAAGAUUGAUCAGAGUAGUUCCCACAGCAAGAUCAACCACAUUAAGCAUUAACUGUAUGAGAAUAGAACUUUAUGGAUGUGCUAUAUCGAAAGGUUUCUUGAGUGUCGAAUGGUCACCAUCGUCAAGUUUUUCUACAAAUGACGAUUUCAAAGGAUCAGUCUUUGCAUUUGGUACAAUAAAGAACAAUUUAACAGUAGGAAUAUCGAUGGCAUCCAGUAACAAAAGCCUUGCAAAUAAACUUGACCUGUUUCACUUUGACAAAAUGAAUGCAUCGACAACGCUUGAUAAUGGAACAGUCAAAAAAGAAAGCGGUGUGGAGAAUUUAGUCACAGACAAGAUGAGAAAAAUUUACAGUGCUGCAUUUCUUCAAUUUAACAUCGUUAAAGAAAAUUAUUACGCUUUUGACCUUGAAAUUGCAGGCAAGGUCUUAGAUGCAGAACUAGCCUCAGGAGAAAGACAGGCAGUCAUCAGCACUGAAAGUCAUGAUGGAAUCCUUGUCUUCUCAUCGCCACUUCAAAUCAAAAGAUUGCAUCCCGACAAAAGCAUUCUUCAACUAAAUAUCACAAAACAAAACUUCCAGUCGCUGACUGAUGAUAGCUUCUUCAACCUUAAUCUGUCCGUGUCCCAUUUGCUGGAAAAAAGCAACUCAAAUGCUUAUGGUGUUAGUCUCAUGAUUUAUUUCAACAGCAAGUUUCUUCAGUUGAAAUCACUGGCAUUCGUCAACACAAGUCGCUUCAGUCUACCCCCGUCCAGAAACACAACCACGCCUGGGUUUAUUAUGAUUCAAACUGAUACACUGUGGAUGCUGAACAGGCAGGAAUUUUCGAUAAUAAUUCAGGCAAAGUACCCAAAGACUAUAUCAAGAGGAGAAAACUGCAAUGAAGAUAUCAUCAUUGAUUUUGCAUAUAAGAACAACUUGGCAAAAUUCGAUGGAACUGUGAACUUGACUUUAGAGAGGAAUUUGCCUUUUAAUUGCAAGAUUGACCAGACUAAAGAUAUCAGGGUGAAAUCAGCGAGGUUGCCGUCUCCUGAAUUCAGCAUGGUUUAUGACGAUGUGAAUCAGCAACUCUUUUUCUGCUACCAAAGGAAAACAUACAUGACCAGAACCUCCGCAGUUUGUUUUUCACGAGAAAAAAACAACACUUCUUGGAAAACCAUUCCUUACAUUUCAGCGGUAACCGGAAUUGAUGUUCAAAAAAGAGUGAUUUAUGGGUUAGAACGAGUAGGGAAGUCAUAUGUCAAAUCUCCUUAUCCGUUUGCUCUUUACAGCCAGAUAGAGGACACUGAAUGGACAUCAGCUAAAGAUCAACCUCAAAUGAGAGCCUCUUUGAACUGUUUGUCCCUUUCUCUAUUACCCCAAUCAGCUUCUGAUCCGUACAUUUUCAAAGUGGAUGGUAAACCAGUUUUUGCGGCAACAUCAAACGGAAUAUUCUGGAAAUUAAACGAACUCUCGUGGCAAAGAACAGUUUUUUGGAAGUAAUUUGCAUGACAUAGCUACUUUAAAAUAUCCGUGGCUAUUUCAUUAUUCGUAGAUACAUUUGUGCAUUUGACUGCAUCGUAUAUAUUUUGCAUUGCGUAUAGAUCGUUCACUGCAUUUGAUGAAAGACAGGUUUCCAAAAUUGAUUUAUGCAGGAAGCAGCCUAUCCAUAUAUACUGUUUUGAGAAUAACUGACAGGCAUUUACGUUACAUAUUUCGUGAAUGCCCUUUAUAUGUAUCUCUGGGUCAUUUACCCAGUGCUGAGGAGAUGGGGGGUCAGGGGGAUCACUGACACGGGGCUCUUGGCUUUAGAGGCCCAUAAAUGAUAACUCAAUUGAAAAAAUUUCUUAGUAAUAAUUCAGUCUUCCCAUCAACAUUAACAUAACAUAAUAUAAGAGAAAAUAAUGACAAAGGUCCAUGAAGUCGUUGCCUGUCUCAGUGUUAAACAUUAUUUUGUUAAGAAUUUCUCGUCUUUGUUGGCUAGGGCUAAAGAAAUUCAAAAGCUUCUGAAUGUUACCAAAAAUGUGAUUGCAGGGCAACAUACAGGGCAAUAUGUAUAUCAUACAGAUUCGCACUAUGGCAUUCGUAUCUAUUUGCAGUAGUGGUCCAAUCUCUGUUGUGGUCCAAUUUAGUUAACGAAUUGAACGUUUUCCAUUUUCUAAACUUUAAAACUUUAAGAAAAUUACAUUCUCAUGCAUUAUGGUGCUAAGAUAUCAGUAAUGCUCAAAUUAUAUCAAACAGUGGAUCAGGUAUGGUAAGUAUCAUAUUUCGAUUGUAUUUAAGAAGUGCGAGGUUGAAUGAAGCAGUGCGAUAUGGAAGGAAACAGAAUAGACAGUUGCCUAAAGUAUUAAAUGUACCUGUGACAAAUCAUAUUUCUUCCAUUAAAUAUCUCUAAAUCUUGUGCCUAACCCACUUGUUUUCUAUUCUCAGUUAUCUAAACGUAUCAUCUUGUACCUGUUAUUUUCUAUUUAUUUCUAAUUCACAGGAGGGGUGAGAAAUUAUCUCUAUCUACACCGUUAGACAUUCGAUCGACAGAAAAUUAUUAAGUAUUCAAAGCUAAAAUUAAACAGACGGAUCUUACUUGCACGUGUAGACUUUGCACAUCAUAUAUUUCUAAUAUUGAAUACUUGCAAACAUCGUGAAUUUUCUUAGUUAUAUUUGUUAUUGUUACAAGUUGGUGUUAAUUAGCUGCUUAUUAGCUGGUAUUUUGUAAACCAACAUUAAAUAAAGUGAAUAAAAAAAAUGGAUUUUCCGACAAAAAUCUAACAAGCUUCUAUAUUUUUCACAUAUUAUUCCACAUAACAUAACGACAUCAGAACUGAAAAAUAGAUCUUUUGAUAUAUUGAAUAUUCUUAUGUUUAUUUAGAUUCAAAUUUUUUCUAUCAAAACAUAGCAUUUAGAUAAACAUAGACAAUCAUGUUAAAUUUUUGAAAAGAGCAGAGGUUUUCAGACAAAAUAGCAGUUUAGCUCUACAGUGGUGUUUUUGCUCCCUCUGACCCCCUAUAUCUACACCAUUGCCACCGGCGCAGUUUAGCCACAAUGGCAAUUUUAGCAACCAAAAUAUCCACCCUAGCAGUUUAAGCAACCACAAUUUUCAAAGAUUUCUGGGGAGCAUUCCCCAUACCUCCUAGAAGCGUCUGCCUUAGGCAUGCCUUAUAAUUAAAAUUUUGUCCUGACCCGGGGCCCAUAAAUUUUUUCCGCGACCAUGGAUUUACCAAAUAUGGUUUUCAAAGAAAUCUGUCUGAUCCGAAGAUUGAUCAUAGAAAACGACUCUCCGAUUAUGAGUGCCAUAAUAAGUUUCUUAUGAAAAUCUCCAAAGAGCGUAAAGACUAACUAACGAACUAACUAAAAACUAACUCAAAUCGUACAAAAGCUGCUUUUAUACCAUUUUAAAAGUAAAAUUCGACAAUAAACAAGAAAUCACACAAAUUAAUAGGUUAAGCAGUUACGAAGGAAUUUCGCUCUACAAAUUACAAAGGAAUGACGCAACAUCUCUAUUAUUAGUUCAUUACGAAGCUUAUUGUUACGAAGUUUAAUAAUUAAUUUUUAAUUUUUCAUUCAUUUCAUUCAUUUCUAAUUAUUUAGGCUCGGUAGCCCCGUCAGUCCAUGAGAACUGCUUUUCAAGGGGCCUUGGCACUAUAGAUACUACGAAAAAGAGUGGUCGCUUAUAAAUAGUUUUUGAUUCUUCUCUUAAAGGUGGCAAGGGAAGGUGCCUGUUGGGCAUCAGGUUCAAGUUGGUUUCAAAGUUUAGGUCAGCGAAAAGAAAUAGCUCUCUGCCCAUCGUUUGUUUUCUGUAAGGGUAGCGAAAGAUCGGCAUCGGUAUUUCUCAGUUUUCUAGCAUUUCGAGUCGAAUUUUUUUCGAACAGGUUGGAAAGGUACUCUGAGACAGGACGAGCCCAUUUAACGAUUUGUCCAUUGUUGUAGCUGUUUCGCUUCUAAUAAUGUCAUCUAUAAUUGGCCAACCCAAACUGCGAAUCAGUGGCAUAGCAGGCACAUCAAUUUUUCCUUUAACUACUAUUCUAGCUGCUCGAUUCUGCAGCUUUUGCAACGAUUGCAGUUUAGUCACCCCACAGCACCCCCAUACCGAACAGCAGAACCGAAAAUGGGGCUCGACGAAACCCCGGUACGUUUUAGACACUUACAUUACUAGCAAGGAUGUAGUCGUAUAAUUUUAACACGGGGGGCUGUAUGAAAUUUCUAAGCUUUUCUUUUCAUGUAGUAAUUGCAAUUUGAGCAUGACGAGGGUUGAUGUUUUUUCUGAUCAUUGGUUGAGCAGACAGGCAGGUACAUUAAUUGUUUCAGCGGGCAGCUGAGAUCAGAACAUUGAUACCAUGCAAAGGACUGGGGAAAACUGCAUUGCAUAUUUGGGGCAAAAUGUUUAUAUUGCUCAGGGGUUUAGUGAAAGCCGCCACCAUGGUUGGCGGCGAGAAGAGUUUUGAACAAUGAUAUUUUAGGAAUGGCCAGAAAAUGCAUAUAAAAUAUUUAUAGCAACGAUAAGAAAGAACCUUAUUUUUAAAAUUAAUGACCCAUUGGUUGGAUUUUGAAAUGACAAAUUUUCUCUUGCGUUAACAAAAGAGGAAUUUUUCUAUCUAUAUAUGUCAAACUUUGUGCAUAUGUGCAUAUUAUUUAUAUGAAGUUUGCAAUGCGUUUAAAUCUGUCAGUUGUUCUCUUUUCUUUUCUGGUUUAAUCGCUAAUAGCUGACCUUUGGUAAAGUAACAAUUCUUCACAGCUUUCUUUGCGUUACAUGAUUCCCGGCUGAGCCCCCAUUUUUUUUCGAAAAUUUUAACAAGGGGUGCCGCGCCCCCCCCUAAGCC